AGAAGACUUCAGCUGCCAGCCUGCAGUACAUUUACUGGAUACAUUCAGAUCCUUCAGGAUCCAGCAGCUCCAGAGCAGGCCGACAUGGACAACGUCACAGCGGGGGCGGCAGCGGGGAACAGCAGUCUGUGUGCCCGACACGACAAGAUCACCCACGUCCUCUUCCCACUGCUCUACACGGUCCUGUUCUUCACCGGCCUCGUCACCAACAGCCUGGCCAUGAGGAUUUUCUUUCAGAUCCGGAGCAAGUCCAACUUCAUCAUCUUUCUCAAGAACACGGUCAUUUCCGACCUUCUCAUGAUCCUGACUUUUCCGUUCAAGAUCCUGAGUGACGCGGAACUGGGGUCGUUGCGAGCUCUCGUGUGCCAGGUUACCUCCGUUGUCUUCUACUUCACCAUGUACAUCAGCAUCUCCUUCCUGGGGCUGAUCACGGUCGAUCGCUACCAGAAGACCACCCGGCCGUUUACAACGGCCAGCUCCAGUAGGCUCCUGGGGGCGAAGGUUCUCUCUGGGGUCAUCUGGGCCUUCAUGUUCUUCCUCGCCCUGCCCAACAUGAUCCUGACCAACAGGAAGCCCACGGACGCCAGCGUGAAGAAAUGCUCUUUCCUCAAAUCCGAGUUUGGCCUGGUCUGGCAUGAAAUCGUCAAUUACAUCUGCCAAGUCAUCUUCUGGAUUAACUUCUUAAUCAUCGUGGUGUGCUACACGCUCAUUACCAAGGAGCUGUACAGAUCGUAUGUGAGAGCGAGGGGAGCGGGCAAAGUGCCCAGGAAGCGGGUGAACAUCAGAGUGUUCAUCAUCAUCGCCGUGUUUUUUGUUUGCUUCGUGCCUUUCCAUUUCGCCCGGAUUCCCUACACCCUGAGCCAGACCCGGGAGGUCUUUGACUGCUCGGCCGAGAACACGCUGUUCUACGUGAAGGAGAGCACCCUGUGGCUAACUUCCCUGAACGCCUGCCUUGAUCCCUUCAUCUACUUCUUCCUCUGCAAGUCCUUCAGAAACUCCCUGAUGAGUAUGCUGAGAUGCUCCAAGCCGGUGACCCCGCCAGACCAGGGGACCAGGAACAAAGGCCAGAACGGAAGCGACCCAUCUGAAGAAACCCCCCUGUGAGCAGGAACACGAAGGAGAGGAUCCCCCGUCUUCGUGGUCUGAACGCCUACCAGGAAAGCGCUCCACCCGGUGGUCCACGCCGGCUGAGAAGUGGUUGAUCCCUUUGAUGUCAAGCCGCCAGCGAUGGGUAGCUGCGUGGACCACCACCCUGCAUCUGCCAGUGCGGGGUUGAGUGGGAAAAGGGCACAGCACGCAUGAUGGGCGGUGGUGUGUUCACAGAAUGGACAGCCAUGCACUAACACAGACUGCAAUGCUUUUGAUACGUUACUGACCAGACAGCCUCUUUGGAAAAGAACAAAAAAGAAUUAACUAAGAGAGAACGAUCAGUCUGAUACGGUCUUUUGAAAACGAAUGACAGCCGAGGUAUAGACAUCCUGAUCUUAGUCCCUCAGUGAAAUACCGAUCUGUCGUGAGACUUAUGAAAAUUUAUGUAAGUGAAGCCCACAAAGAAUCACCGCUCACUUUUAAUGCAAACCCCGUGGUUCUUGUUGCUGUUGUUUGGUGCCACUGAGCCAAGUCUCACUGUUAGAGUAGCCACGGUGCCACGUGCCACAGCAGUACUGCCCCGGCGCGUCUUCUGGGAAGUGAUCUCUCUAGACCAGUGGUUCUCAGCCUUCCUCAUGCCACGACCCUUUCAUAUGUUCCUCAUAUUGUGGU